GCAGUGUUUCGGAGUUUCGCUUAUUUACUUCCCCUUUUUGUGUAAACAAUGCAAACGUUGUUAUAAAUGUGUUUGGUGUUUCUGCUGGGAGGACCGGACGUUUCAAACAAACACAUCUAUUAUUGUGAUUACUAUUUGAUUUCCCGGAAAGUCCUCCAAACAACACGGAUAUUACAUAAACAAAACCGAAACAAGAGCAGGAUGUGCAAGUAUUUAUGAGCUAUCAAAACAAGAACAUUUAUGCAAAAGAUGGACAAACGAAGUAUUAUGGUCAUUAUUCUCUGCGUUCUGCAAGAAUUUAAAAUUGAAGCGGCGCAGGUAAAGAUACGCAACUGCCAUGACGGUGUGAUAACAUCUCCAACAGACGAGAGUUCUCUCCUCAACGACAUCACCAUUUUCUGUGAGGUGACAGGCUUCCUCCAAGACCUCUCCCUGACGGCAACGUUUGCUGACGAUGUGAACGUGUCUGUCGGAGGUCUGGCGAGAUGCGAAUUCCACACCAUCUGCUCUGUGAAGACGAUCCAGCACAGGGAGGUCAGCAUGGGAGGUCUGUGCACCUACUACGGAGACUCCUUAAAGGGCUGCGUGUUUCAUGUGAACAACAUGUUCACACAGCCACAACACCAGUGGCCGCGAGCAGUCGGGUGUUCUUCACGAAAUGGUGCAGCAAGUGCUUUUUGCAAUAUUAGUAUGACUUAUCCUGCAGAGUUCAGUCCCUGUAUUUCCGAGUUGACCCCCUCGAACUGGACAGUAGUUGUCCGGUGCUACUUUAAAGAUCUUUCUCGUGGCAACAUGUGUACGUUGUACCUGGACUUUAAUGACCGAGAUGCCCUGGGGCAGUCUCCUGUCACUCGGCUGACUCUUGGGAACACGACAUCUGAAAAACACCAAGGUCCACGCGGAUGUGCUCGAUGGUUCAUUCUGUCCCCUUGUACACAGCGGCAACGUAUCGAUACGUGGUGCAAGUGGACACCGGGGUGCGGUAUCUGACCAACAGCAUCAUCAUUGAGCGCCCUCGUGGUCUUCGCACCUCGUGCCCUCAGUACGUCCGCGAGGGAGGAGACUUGAACUGUACCUGCAUUGUCGAUAUCCCGGGCAAUCCACCCGGAUAUGCCAGCUGGGACCGUUGGAGAACCACGCUGCUAGAGACUGGAGUACAAAGACGACACGACGGGGCAGUCACUGACGUCUGCAGACUCUACUGGCUCAGCAGCGUGGGUAUCCUACCCCUAAAGGAGCAGAUCACCUAUACCCUCCGUGUUGCAUAUCCCCCAGAGCUGCCUCCUGUAAUCGAAGGCAUUCAGAAUGAUGAGUCUGUAAGGUCUGGCGACAGGUUGAUCCUAACCUGCAAGGUGUCGGGAGGUCGCCCUCUCGUGUCGUCUGUUAAUUUUACAUGUGGACAUCACGAAGAUGAGGAGGACAGUGUCAGCGGGUCUUUCGUGUCGAGUGUCGUAACCCUGGACCCCGUCACAGCAAAGGACGAUGGGAUACGCUGUCGGUGCUCGGCGAAAUGGCUGCCGGAGAUCACACAGUACUCCCAAACAGAAGAGGUCGUUCUGAAUGUUAUAAACGAUGCAGACGAUGCUCCUGGUCCCUGCACUUUAUCCGUCGCCAUCGCCAGCUCUGUCGUGGCGAUCAUUUACUCCCUAGUGCUUGUGGCUGUUUGUGCUCGUCUCGCGAGAUCAGGUAAGAAGUCGGCAGUUUACGAGCGCCCCUGUCCUGGUGGCGACAGUGCAGGUUUGUUUGAUUACAGCACGUACACCUCGCGAACUCAGCAAGUGUCCUCCACGCAGGACAUGGAACCCAUUUACGAGGAGGUUCGGGAUCAAUUGUAUGUCUCACCACAAAAGUCCAGAGAUGAAGCCGCCGUCGAAAAUAAAUUACCCAGCAUUCCUCAAUACCGCAACGAGGCAAUAGAGUCCUGCGAAGCUUCGGAUGUCAAGAUGGCAGCAAACUUCAAAUCUGACUACCUCCAUCCACUGUAAGGGCUGCAGUGGGAUCUCUUCUCAUCAUCCUUUUCAGACAUGUUACAAUGUUGUCACAGUACUGUACUGGAACAAUGUUGCUGUUGUUUGUUAUUGAUAUUGUAGUGUCACAAAGUGAGUAUUGUGCUGUCACAAUAUUCCCUCUAUAUGCCACAGUGCACUGUCACAAUAUUAGUACUGUUCUGUUUUGUACUGUCCAACACACAAUGCUCUUGUCAUCAGUCGAUGACACCAACAAGAUGAUGUUCCCAGUCUCCAAGCUGCGGGCCCGGCGAGACUGCCCAGUCCAGCAUACUGUUUCUCUUCCAUGUUAUAAAGGAAAAAAUUGUUCGAAUGAAACUACUUAUAAUAAUUAAUAUUGCUGCCCAGUUGUUGUAGAUAAAUUGUAUUUAAGUACUUCCUGUCUUUGUGUCCUGUGGCUCCGGAUUGUCUGAAGAUCACCAUUGUUAACUGAUGACACAUUGAAAAUUGUGUACAUGCAGCGAGAUGUAAUUUUGCAAAAUGUCUACUCAUUCCAAUUGUAUAGAAUUAUGAUUUGUCUUGGUUUAUUUAUUUAUGUUUGCUUUAGUUUUUUUUACAACACAAAUUGAUAAAAUACUAUCUCCUUGACUGACGGAUUGUACUGUAAAUAAACCGGAAACAUUUGGUCGACAUUAUGGCUUUUGUUAUCUGUCAAAAUGUAUCAAGCAAGUUUUUGACAAUUAAUGUGGCUAAACUGUAAGUGACGAAAGCCCAUUGUACUAGGAAAUAUUUUAGAAGUGUACAAACAACUAAGUAUGAACUUAAGAUUGUUGACAAAGCUUCAAUGUUCGCCUCCCAAAAAAAUUACCUUUACACAGAUUUUCGACCAUAUUUGCCUUGUUAUCAAGGUCUUUAAAUGCCUUAAUAAAAGCAUUAUACUUCCAUGUCUGCUGGGUUCUGAAAUUGUUAUUUUAUAAACGAAUCGCUUAUGGAUACCAAUAAAUACUAUUUCCUCAACUUU